AUGGAUAUCUCUGGCUUGAUUCAAUCCUAUGACCCCAGAUCGUCGAGUUCUGCAGCAAUGAGCCGUGCGACUAUGGCACCCCAAUUUUCACCCUCACAACCAUACAGCGGACCUCCGCCAAAUACAAUGAUCACAACCCACCAGCAAAUUCAACAUCAAAACCCAUUUAGUUUCGGGGGAGCCUAUACUGGACCACAGUCGACAUCUAUUGUUCCAGCAUUUGCAGCAAACUAUAUACAGCAACGGCCUCUACCACGAUCAAUGCAGCAGGACAACGAAGUGAGAGCUAUUGCAUACUCCCGAGCUUCUCGAGCCGAAUUUGUGGAGGAACACAGCAAUCAAAGCCCACUGAUCAAGUCUGAGCCUAUCUGGGGAGUAUCUUCUGGGUCUCCCCCAAUCCCGUCACUUUUUCAUCAACGAACACGAACCCCAUCUCUUCGACCACCUCUCCAAUUUCUACAACGGAUGUCAACUUUGGCGAAGUCCCAAACCUCGGAUCCACAGACCUCCGCCAUCGAGCAAAGCAGACCAGUAGUCACUAAUUCACCCACUCCUCCUUACGCGCAUACCAACUCCCAGAGCACCAGAUAUGCCUCUAGCGAUCUGAGCCCAGUCAAGCUCGCUCGAGAACAACAGCACAAAGAAACGCAUUCUACAAAGAGUACUAAGAAACGAUAUCAAUGUACUAUUGAGAACUGUACCAAGAAAUUUCAACAAAAAACGCACUUGGACAUCCAUGAAAGAUCCCACACUGGCAUUAAACCAUACGAGUGCAAAGAUCCUGGGUGUGGACGAAGCUUUUCUCAGCUUGGAAAUCUCAAAACCCACGAAAGAAGACACACUGGGGAAAGACCCUAUCAAUGCGAGCAGUGCGGUAAACGCUUCGCUCAACGUGGAAACGUACGGGCUCACAAAAUCGUCCACGACCAUGCCAAACCGUAUCUCUGCCGCCUUGACGAUUGUGGAAAGCAGUUCACCCAACUCGGAAACCUGAAGUCACAUCAGAACAAAUUCCACGCCGCCACCAUCCGCAAACUGACGUCCAAAUUCGCUUCCAUCAAGGACGGCGACAUCGUCCACUCGGCUGACAAAGAACUCUGGGAGUACUUUGCAAACCUGUACAAGAACUCCAACAAGGGCAUCAAAGGCCGUGGCAAAGACCGCAAAGUCGGCGCGAAUCCCCACGCUAUGUCGACGGUCAUGCGAAGCCAAGGACCUUACGGAGUAGGUCUCAGCGGAAGCGGCAGAGGCAACAUGGUGAUGGGUGUAAUGAACCAUGGCCUUGUCAACCACGGCCCCGUGCAAAGAGGCGAACAGUACGAGAUCUUCGACGUGGACGACGAGAGCCAGUCCGGACGAAGCGGCAGCGGCGCGGGGAGUUCCGUCGGCACCAUCUACGACGAUGCGCCCAGCGACAGCUUCGAGGAUCAGAGGGGCGACGCUAGUCAUCUCGCUUUUGGGGAUCGAAUCUACUAG